UCAUUGGCUGCUGAAAAAUCUCUUAUUUAUACUGUGCGUGAUUUGGAUGUGGUUAUAUCGGAAAUGAGCGCUGGUAAAUCGGGUAAAUAUAGCAAUAAAGCAGUGCUUCCGGGUAAAUCGCCAAUGACUUUAGUCGGACCCGUAUUGGAUGGUAAACGAACAUUCCUCACAUAUGCUGAUCGUACCGGUAAAGGUUUGACGUUUGCGAAGAAUUUGCCGCUACAAAAGUUCGAGAUUGUGUGGAAUUUACAGGACUGCCAUGAGCUGAUCAUUCAAGCGAUUUGCGGUGACGAGAAAAAUCUUUAUAGCGGUGGCUAUGACAACAAAGUCAAAGGCUGGACAAAUUUUGAUCAGGCAAAACCAACACCCCUAGGUGAAGUAGAGGUCGGAAGUUGUGUGAAUGCAAUCGUUUGUGGCGCCAACAAUUGGGUUUAUAUUGGUACAUCCGAUGGUAUUGUACGAAGAGCAAUAUUUGUGUGAAACCGACCAUGUGCCAUUCUUUUACAUACAACUGUAUUUACUAAAUAUUGAAUUACCUAUAUGUUUAUUGAAUAUUGUAACAACUCUUAUAAAGUUUUAUAUUUUUGUUUUUAUGCCAUGAAAACUGCGGUUCGUUUUAUGGAAAAUAAUAUAUAGAUAUCCCUGACAAAUGAAGGUGUAUUAAAUAUCCACCAAUUUGCAUUCAAAAUUUUUUGAGAUUCUUUUUUGCGCUGAUUACGAAUCCGUUAGUAUAUAGUAUCCAUCAGGUCCAGAUUUUGAGAAAAACUAGGUCAAAGUGUUAAAAAAUCACAUUUUUUUUGCAAUAUUUUAGAAGGUCUAGCAAAAAAAACAAAAUGUGAUAGCACCUUCCAACUCUCGGCUACUAUCACUGAAAAUACCAUCCCUGCACCUUAACCUGAUGGUCACUAAUAGUCAUUUAUUGAAUAAUAUAAAACUACUGGAAUACUCUGCUAUUGACAAAAAAAUUUGCCAAAAUCGGUUUUUUCUGUCAAAUAAAUAUAUAACUAUAAGAGACUUAGGGUUAAGGGUCAGGGAUGGUAUUUAAUUAAAAUGUAGUCGAAAAUUCAAGCCUUAAUUUGAGCAGGUUUUGCUGUUCAAUAAAUGAUUAUAAGUGAUCAUCAUGUAUGAAAACGAGUUUGACAAAAAAGACUAUUUAUUACAUUGAUAUGUAUAUACCCUUCAAGGUUUGCUAAUUUUUUUUAAUGACGAUUCACUCAUCCUCUGAAAUGCUGUAUUUAUGAACUUAACUUAGUAGAGUUGCCAUAUGUGUAAAAAAAAAUAAGCAACCUGAAUUGCGGCAAAUAGUUAUUUGAAAUAUGUUUCACAAUAUGGGUUUCAGACGAAAUAAAUUUAAAAAUAUGGGGGGAUCGGGGCAAGCAGGGCCUACGGAUGAUCUGAUCGACAAAAAAUGUUUACCCUUACCUACUCGCAGCAUGAAUAACAUAUGUACCGAUUUUGAAAAAGAUAUCUAACUUUCCUCUUAGAAUUUAGGCUAAAAAAAUUCGAUUCCGGCCAGUCUGCAGAGUAUUAAAAAUAUUUAAAUAAUUUAUAAAAGGGCAGCAUUAAAAGAGCCAGAGAAAGGCCCAAAAAUCCGAGCUUAGAGCAAAAAUAUAAUUGAUAAUUUUCGCCUCAAAACGGCUGACCUGGUCACACUGGUUAGCAAAUUAACAGAAUUUAAUCAGUGUAGUGGUAUGGAUAUUUCGCCUUAGCCUUCCUAGCAAGUAAGAAUUUUGUAUUCAUUGGCUAAUAAAUUAAUAAAUUAUGGCCACUUUA